AUGUUAGUUAAGUUAUACUCUUUCUUAGCUCGUCGUACUGACGCUGCAUUUAACAAGGUUGUCUUGAGAUCUUUGUUUUUAUCAAAGAUCAACAGACCACCAGUUUCUAUUUCUAGAAUCUCCAAGGCCUUAAAGCAAGAUGGUGCCUCUUCUAAGACCAUUGUCAUUGUUGGUACUGUUACUGACGAUGCAAGAAUCUUCGAGUUACCAAAGGCCACUGUCGCUGCUUUAAGAUUUACUGCAGGUGCUAGAGCUAGAAUUGUUAAAGCUGGUGGUGAAUGUAUCACUUUAGACCAGCUGGCUGUUAGAGCACCAAAGGGCCAAAACACUUUGAUCUUGAGAGGCUCAAGAAACUCAAGAGAAGCUGUUAGACACUUUGGCAUGGGUCCACACAAACGUAAGGCUCCAAGAAUCCUAUCUAAAGGUAGAAAAUUCGAAAGAGCUAGAGGUAGACGUAGAUCUAAGGGUUUCAAAGUAUGA